AUACUUGAUGCGGCCAUCCAUCUUCACCGCUCUUUUAAAGGAAUAUUGGAAACAAGGGAUGGCAAACGCGUCCUCGUUGAGUUCACACAUGUUGCUCGCAAAUAUGCAAGCGACAUAUCAAACAAAUAUAUACAGAGGGGGGUAUCUGAAAUGGAGAAAUUGCGUUGGGUGACUAAAGUACUUCCAUAUCUUAAGCAUGACAUGAUUUUCUUAGCCUUGAACCGUGGACUACACUGGUACGUAGCAGUAAUAAUUCCAGAGGAAAGAGAUAUCCAGAUUCUCAACUCAAUUCCAUCUAUGGAACCAGGCGAUGAACUCCAACAAACGCUAGAAGGUAUAGCUGCGUAUUUAAGGAUGGCAGAAGAAACUCUCAAAGAAGUUUCUAAAUCACACAAGUGGCCAGACUACGAUGUGCACCUUUGGAGUAGAACUACUAUUAAGAAUCUGCCAAAGCAGAAAGAUCAAAGCUCCUGUGGUCUGUUUGUGCUCUUGUUCAUACAGUACUGGACAGGGAAAAAACUUUCCAAAAAAUUUACACAGAAAGAUGUAGACAUUUAUAGGAAGCAACUACCAUGCGACAUGCUCUACAGCGGGAAGAACAAGAUCGACGUAAGAAAGAUGUCAAAAAAACCAGACGCAGACGCAGUGCCUGCUCGACGAUCGUCUCGCAGAAAAAGAAAGAGGACAGAAGAUGUUCCUGGGACUUUGAGUGGUGAAGAUUAGCAAACCAGUUUGCUACAAACAUUUGUCCUCAUAGGCCAUACAAAUUAGUUCGUGAUUAAAUUUUAUGCAAUAAGCUUAGCUAUGUAACACUCCAGUUGAAUUGUUUUACGGCAUUAAGUUCAAGAUGUGGUUUAAGA